CAGAGCCUGUAAUACAUGUUCCGCCCUUGACCGUGAGUACUGCUCCUUCAUCUCUUAUCGACAAAUGCUGAAAGUGGUAGAGCACCUUGACAAAAAAGCCUUGGUCGCAAAGAUGAGCAAGGUGCAAUUGUUCUUGUUCCUGACUUUACACGCACCCACGCACCUUCUUCUCUGUCAAUUAUCAACAUGUCAGAAAGCGCGGUCAACCGAACCAUCUUCCCGUGACCCGUCUGCGAGGAGACCUUUGCAUCCCCGGGGGCCAGAAGAGCUGAUUCUGUACGGCGAGACGCACGACCCUGAGCCGACCUACCAGUACUACUUCCGCAAAGCCUGGUACGUGAUGGUGUUCAUAGAGGACCCUACCACCCGAACCUUCGUUGCGCUUCGGUCUUGGGCACCUGUGAAGCUCUAGGUCAUGUCGCUAGGUCAACGCCAACGGCAACCAUAUCUGUGGCCGUGAUUAUUCUCUUCACGUUGCCCUCGGCCACAGCAGUGUUGAGCCCUCGACCUAAGCCCUCAUUCCACACCCUUUCUCUCCUUUCCCGCCCAUUCAUUGACGACUGGCACGAUACGACACAACUCUGUAGGGCAUUUCAUCGAGCGCCUUAAGGCUCUUAGGCACUUCUUGGGGGAUAUCGUUUGCCUCGGUCAGUUUCUCCAGACAGGGAUCCUUGAAUUGGAAAAUGACUGUCUCUCUUUUUGCUUCUCGUUUAGUUUCUACACAAUCAGAGC